AUGUUCAAGCAAAUCCUUGCUCAGGCUGGUCAGACAUGGAAUGAAGGCAUCGAUGGUCUCAUCCAGGACUUCAAUGGUGGGAAUUCGUCAGACCACAAAAAGAUCUCACCGCUUGAGGCUGCUGUCAUCAAGAUGUUUCCAACCCUCCUGCCGGAAACCCAAGAGCUCAUCACCUACCAUUGGGGAAAUUUCCAAGCCAAACAGUCUGGCCUGACACUGACAAUGCUGGGCACUGACUUGCUUCGAAAUGGCUCCAAACCACGUGCUGCAGAUGAUGCCCUUUGGAAGACGAUCUUUGCCCCAAAUGAACACAAACGACACUGGUGGAUUGCAAGGCGAGUCAGGUUCUUCCUGCACAAGUUGUCUGAGGCAAAGCGCCUUCGCAAGAAGGUAAACUUGGUCUCAGGGAUCCAACAACUCCGUGACCCUCGACCUGAUCAUGAGGGAUCGGAAGGGAACACAAGACAGAAACGCAAGCUUGAUUCGGUGGAAGAGGCACCGCAAGGAAACAAGUUGCUGAAGCUCGAGCAUCAUGGCAAGGGCCAUGCUAUCUUCGAUGUGGAUGGCAAUGUUUGGUUUCAGGCCAAGGAUAAUGCAGAUGCUGCAUUGGACCAUGACGGACCACCUAUUGCCUUGGUCUAUGGGAACUUCAAGAUCCAACAGGAAGCUGAAAAGCUCCUUGAGACGCAGAAGGAUGAUGUGAUGAUGAUUGGUUUCGAGGAUGAUGAGGGCAAGGGCGUCUUCCGUAUGCAGCAAGAGCCACAAGGAACUCUCUGUUCCCUCAGGGAUUUUUUGCUCAAGCUGGAGAAGGAUGGUUCAGAUGUCACUACACUUGAUCUGGCAUGUCACAAGAUCGAGCCCCAAGUGAACAAGGAUGAGGCGGGUGAUGUGCAGAGUCGAACCUUCAAAGUGACGAAGACAGGGCCCUGUGUUUUUGUGCCAGCAGAAACACCGCGAAAGAUUGCAAGUGCCAAACCUCCAACCUGGGAGGAUGCUGGCAGCCUGGUUUUGGCAUCAACCUCGAAGACGCGAAGCACUUUUGGACCUGGAUACACCGACAAGACUUGUGUGCUUCAGGUCAUGCCCCGAUGGCUUGUCAGCAACAAUGCACAAUCCUUCUCUUUGACUCCUGAGAAGCCGGGACUCUUUGUCUCUGAGGAUUCAGUUGUUCCAGCUGGGAAGAUCAGCAAGCUUGUGUGA